UUAAGAAGUCAUCUAUCAAAUAUGAAUAAAAGUGAGAAAAUUGAAUUGGUACGAAAUGCAAUUAUCAGUUAUCCCGAUUUUCCUAAGCCUGGUAUAAUAUUUCGAGAUAUAUUCGGAGUAUUUCGUAAUAUUGUAGCAUUACAAGCAUUAAAAGAUUUAAUUGUGGAUCAUAUCUUAUUUAUGGAAAUUGAUUUGGUUGUGGGUUUAGAUUCAAGAGGUUUUCUUUUUGGACCUAUGAUAUGCCUGACAUUGGGAAAACCUUUUAUUCCAAUUAGGAAGAAAGGAAAACUUCCAGGAAAGACUGUGCAAUAUAAAUAUACCAGUGAAUAUAGCGAGCAAAUUUUUGAAAUUCAACAAGAUUAUAUAAAAGAAGGAACACGAGUAAUUAUUGUAGAUGAUUUAUUAGCAACAGGAGGUACUAUGGCAGCAGCAAUAAAUUUACUACAUUCACAUGCAGUUGAAGUGGUUGAAUGUUUAACAAUAAUUGAAUUAACCGGAUUAAAGGGAAGAGAAAAACUUGAUGUACCUGUUCACUCAUUUAUUCAAUAUGAUUAA